CCCACAAGAAAGUCAGAUCGGAAGUAACAAUGUAAGCACCAACCAAUUGCAUAAGCAACCAGGCGCCAAACAUCAACAUGAAGUUAUUAAAACUUUAAGACAACUUCAAGAACAAAGUAAUUACUGGAAUAUACAACGUGUUCGAGUAUACUAG